CUACUUCCCUAACCCCUGAUUGGUCAGUUCAAGUUCAUUAACUGUUCUGAUUGGUUGAUUAUCGCUGGGCAGUGGAAUUGUGGGAUAUCAUCUCGUGGAGCGAUUCUUUGCCACCACCGCUUCAACCCUGAGGAUCUUUGGCAUUGUGGCUAGAGAGAUUAGGUUCUGUCCUUUCGAGAUCAGACCAUUCCCAGCACCAUGAAUAAAGACAGCUCCUUUGCAAAGAGCUCCAGGGAGGAUACCCAGAAAUCAGAGAAGAAAUGCAAGGCUUUCAAGGAUAUUUCCAAAUACUUCUCUAAGGAAGAAUGGGCAAAGCUUGGCUACUCAGAUAAAAUCACCUAUGUGUACAUGAAGAGAAACUAUGACACCAUGACUGGUCUAGGUCUCAGGGCCACCCUCCCAGCCUUCAUGUGUCCUAAAAAACGUGCCAUAAAAUCCAAGAGGCAUGAUUCUGAUGAAAAUGAGAACCACAGGAAUCAGAAUGAACCUCUUCAGGAGGUUUCCAAUGUGAAAAAGAGAAAACACCAGAAGGUGAUGCUCAAAACGGUGAAGGAAGAAGAGGAUUCAGACCCAAUACCAAUAACACCUGGAUUUGAGCAGGCUCAGAAAGUGCUGUGCCUCCCUGGAAAAGCAAGUACCUCUGAUCAACAGAGUGAGAUAAUACCAGGACCCAAGAGAGGGAAGAAUAGUAUUUGGGCCUACAGACUGCGGGAGAGGAAGAACCUAGUAGUGUAUGAAGAGAUCAGUGAUCCUGAGGAAGAGGACUAACUCUGGAUGUGACAAGUGCCCAUGAUAAGAAGCAGAACCUGGUGGCCUUUCAGGAACAUGGGCAUGGCUGUGAACUCCUAGUCAUCAGGUGUAUAGCAAGCAAGAGUUCACAAUAGUGAAAAGUUAAGCGUGAUUUUUCUUACUAUCUGCCAAAUAUUCUGUUAGAUAUUAGAGUUUUGUUAAUGAGCAAGACAUAUACUUAAUGCAUAUUUCUUUUUGUAUAUCCAUGCACUUAACUUAGAAAACAAGUAUUGUCAGCUAUUCUAUGCCCAGAACAGCACUACCCUCUUUUGCUGAUGUGAUUACUGGGAGCGGUUCUGGUUGUUUGCACAUGUUUUUCUCUGUAUUUACACACACACACACACACACAUACACAGUACCACUGUAAGUAUCUCCCACCUGCUUUUGCCUGCUACCAGCACACCCCAGACAAGUACCCUUCAUCUUGUUCCUGUUCAGCAGGUGCUCUGUGGUACAAACCUCCAUUAUUCAUUUACAUUUCAUCAGUCAUUGAUAAUUAAUAAACAUAAGUUUCAGCUGUU